AACUGCCUGCUGCCUUUUCAUCUCUUUCUCUUUUCAUAGCAAAGAAGGUGCAAAAAUGGACGAGAGCAACAUGAAGGUGGUACUGAAGAACUACGUGUCUGGUUUUCCGAAGGAAACAGACAUGCACCUGACUGCCGGUACCAUAAAGCUUAGGGUACCGGACCUUUCCAACGGCGUCCUUGUCAAGAAUCUCUACCUCUCCUGCGAUCCCUACAUGAGGACCCGAAUGAUGAAGACAGAAGACCAUUAUGUCGAGUCUUUCACUCCGGGUUCGCCUAUAACGGGAUAUGGUGUGGCCAAAGUUUGGGAUUCAGGACAUCCAGACUUCAGAAAAGGCGACCUGGUUUGGGGAUUGACCGGCUGGGAAGAAUACAGUCUCAUUACAAUACCCGAACGUCUCUUUAAAAUUAGACACACCGAUGUUCCUCUUUCCUACUACACUGGAAUCCUCGGAAUGCCUGGCUUGACUGCAUAUGCUGGUUUUUAUGAGAUUUGCUCUCCUAAGAAAGGAGAGAAGGUAUUCAUUUCAGCAGCUUCCGGUGCAGUUGGUCAGCUUGUUGGGCAGUUUGCAAAGUUGUUUGGCUGCUAUGUUGUUGGAAGUGCUGGGAGCAAACAAAAGGUUGACUUGCUAAAGAAGAAAUUUGGGUUUGAUGAUGCUUUCAACUAUAAAGAAGAGCCAGACUUCAGUAAAGCUUUGAGGAGUGACGCAUUUGCCGAGGCAAACAAGACCGUAUCGAGUGAGUGAAUGCGCAAACGGAGGAAUCGUGGUGUGACGCAUUCGCUGACACAAACAAGACCGCACUGAAUUUCCCCAAAAAGAGGAAGCCAGUGGCUUCUCUCUCUCCCUGGUUUGCACACUCUCUUCUCCAUCCUUUCUUUCUCCUUUAUAUACACCUGGUGUCGAGCCCCUCCUCCUCAGAAUUACUACACUGCCAAUUCCCAUCAAUAAAUUCAAAGCAAAAAUGAGUACCAUUGAAGAAUUGUUGUUGCCCGUGACUGAUGACUUGUGUAAGAGGGGAUUUCUAUGGAGUGUUGUAUGCUUGAGAACUACGUUGGGAAACAGCCAGUUGUGGUUGCCUGUGAAUGAUGACUGUGUAAAAGGGGAUUUCUAUAAAGUGUGCUUUGCUUGAGAACUUUGUGCUUUGAGUUAAAUUGAAUAAUAGAACUUCAGAACA